AUGGCUCCCACUACUCCCGCAACUCACGACUCAGCCCUGGCUCAGCCAGCAUCCAACGCAGCCCCCCAAGCAACAUCGGCGCUCCCCACCGGCAUCGCAGGGGAGAUAUCCGCCUCUGACCUCGCCGCCAUCCAGAAUCUGGCUCUCGAUCAGAACCAAAUCAUGCACCUUUUGCGAUCGUUGCCCGGAGUGUUCAAACAGAUCCCCAGCAACUCCAAUCCCAAGGAAGACGCCGCGCAGGCAUUGUCCAACCUUUCGCAGACACCCUUCGUCCCACCACACUUUAUGCCUCCUCCCGGUAACGGUCUACCAGGCAUUAACGACCCCGGCCCGUCGUCUCACCCCCGCGGCCCACCUGGUCUCGGACAGCUGAGCAGUGUAGCAAUGCAGGCAGCCCCAGCGUCCGUUCAGCAGCCUCAACAGCAGUCACCACAGCAAUCAGGCGCAGACGACCACAAAGACCACGAAAACGCUUCAGGUGGCUCUGUCGACGGCGGCUCACCGGCGGCGCCGACGACCCCAGCUGCUUCUGCGAGCACGGGCGGACGUAGAGGCGCGAGAAGCGCAGCUAUGGGUAGCGAUGAGUGGAGUCGACAAAGAAAAGAUAAUCACAAAGAAGUCGAGCGCCGUAGACGAGGGAAUAUCAAUGAAGGCAUCAAUGAGCUCGGGCGGAUCGUGCCCAAUGGUUCGGGUGAAAAGGCGAAAGGCGCUAUUCUAUCUCGCGCGGUUCAAUAUAUCCAUCACCUUAAAGAGAACGAGGCGCGGAACAUUGAAAAGUGGACGCUGGAGAAGUUGCUUAUGGACCAGGCUAUGGGCGACUUGCAGGCCCAGCUGGAGGAGGUGAAGAGGAUGUGGGAUGAGGAGAGGCUUGCUAGGCAACGUUUGGAGAAUGAGUUGGCUGCGUUUAGAGGGAUGGGUGGUGCGUCCAAGGAGGACGGUGGCGCGGGUACUAAGCGACGGAGCGUUGAUAAUCCUUCUGGUGCUGGCGAGUCGGAAGGGGAUAGGGAUGGGAAGCGACAGAAAACGGAGUGA